CUCCAGCCAUCACCUCAGUGCAGAGCUCCAUCGGGCUCAGGGCCCUGCCUCUGCCAGCUGGGCAAAAGGUGCUGGUUGUGUCAGAGCUCAGAGGUCUUCCCCGAGUGGGGAAAAGGAGCAGGAAAUGGAGGGGGGAAGCAAUAGGUGGCCUAGAAAUGGGGAAGUGUUCAGGCUCUCUGAGAAAAUAUAACUUUGGGUUUCAAUACAACAGAAAAGCACAUUAUUCUAAAGGAAGCUGAUUCAUCUUGCUUGAACAGGGCUUUGUUUUCUUUUUUACCUUUUUUCCCCCCAUCCUUAGCUAUGUCCUAAAGGUGAAAUGCUGUUUUACUUAACUAGUAAUUAUUCCCAUUGUUUUUAAGGUCCAAAAGUCAAUAGGGCAGUUGUUACUGUGCUAGCAUGGAACACUGGUCUGCCUGAGCAAAGAUGCUCAAAUGCUGUUGCUGGUUGGGAUGUUAUAUGUAUCUGUAUGUGUGGAGUAUCUGUAGCAUUGACCCAUGUUUGGUCUUUAUUUCAGCUGCAGUUGGAGUCGAUGUGGGUGAGGCAAAAAUAAAUUUCUUCAGACUUCUCUUUAAAGGUUUCAUUGCAAACAUCACACUGGAUGUUGUUUUCAGUGAUGUCAGUAUAUCUAGAGUGUUUCAUUCGUGCGUGUUUCUUCACAUUCAGGUGAUGAAUCAAUCUCAACUGGCAUCCCCCAGUCACAGAGAUUUCUGCAGCAAUGCUACAUAAAGCAAAUAGAGGUCUGGGUAUCUGUGUAUAAAUACAUAGUUGAACCUCGUCACUUUGUGAGAAAGCUCUUCGAAGUCUGCACAGCCUUAUAUCACCCAUAACAGGAUCUCUCUUGUUUGCCAUGUCAGCUGACAGCCACCAGCUCCACACUCAUUCCUACCAGGACUCACUAAGUUCUACUUGUCACGGUCUCUUGAAUGUCAACAGUCACCCCCUGUCAAAGAGCUCCUCAAGUCUGGCCUGCACUGGGCAAUCAGGUGUAGAGGAAAGGCAAAGCAACAAACAGGAGCUGAAGAAAAGCCACAGUAGCACCAUCUGCCACACGCUGGGAAACAAGAGUGAUGCAAGGAGUGUGUCGAGUCCUGGAGGGUCCUUGUCGCAGCCUGGGCUGAUGGCACUUGGAUCAGUGGUCCAGACCAUAAGCAACCAGUCAGGCAGUGACAAUUCACAGAGCAGAACUAAGUCGACAAACCGUUUUCUUAUUGCUGAACAGUCGCCAGCAUCCCAGGAAUUGGACACUAAGAUGUGUGUGAAGAGCAGCACUGCUGAGAAUGUUCCUUCAGCCUGUGUUGUCCACCAGCAAAGCAUGUGUAAAAUGGAAGAGUCAGGAACUUCACUUCAGCGAAGCCACUCAGACCUAACUUGCAGUUGCAAACAGCAGACUUGUGUCACUUACAUAGAAACCAGUGCUACUCACUCCAGCCUAAGCUCUUCUAGCUCCACGCAUUGUCCACCAGUGGCUAGGAUGUCUUUCCAAACACAGAGAUAUGGAUCAGAAACAAAUGAAAAUACAUCUCACUAUCAAAACCUUGUGACUCAUCUUCCAGUUGUACCUAGAGAGCAAAAAGUACCCACGAAUAGCUUUGACAGCAGUGGUAUUCCACGUAACACUACUCUUUACACAGAUCCUGGAACAUUUCACACUGCUGUUCUAGGACCCCACCUGCCUGGAGGUGGUUUCUCAAACAGGACGAUGUUCAACCACACCACUGGGCUUAUUCAUGGUGGUCUGAUUUACGGUAAUCUUCCAAACUCUGCGUACUCCCCCAUGGUGAUGUCAGUUCAUAACAAUUCUGCAGGGCCCUGUAAUAUGAGGCAUAGCCCCUGUGUGAAGGUAGAUGCCACCAUCCCCGCCUACUGCCACUCUUUACCCAUACCAUCCAUACAGCUUGUUCCACAGUUGGUCUGCUCGGUUAGUGAGUCGGGAAAAGAGCAGGCAGCACCUGGCUAUUUUAAUUCCUUUUCUACUUCAGACAUUCUGACAUAUCCUAAGCUGGUGUCUUCGGUAAGUGAAUCAGGCCUCGAUGCCAAGAAAGUCCUGAAGUGCUGUAACAUUCCUGGAGAACAUGCUCAACACUGUGCUCAGCAGGAGGGAGCUCCUCCAGAAACAAAGACUGCCUGUGUUGCCUUUAGUAGCCAGCAAGGUGCAGACAUGGUAAUGACAACUAAGGAUAUGUGGACUAUGACCUCUAUGAAUGAUUUAACCAAAGGACUGAAACCAGCUCUGGAGCAUAGAGACGCUGAGGUACAAACUCUUCCGACCAUGGAAUGCAAAUCUGUGGCAACAAGCCCAGCAGCUGCAGCAGAAGGUCACUCACAUGUGUUCCCAGAAGUGAACCUGGAGCAAGACCUGGAGGGCUCAACAUCCCCAGUACGUGAAGUGAGAUGGGAUGAUGAAGGAAUGACAUGGGAAGUGUAUGGGGCAUCUGUGGAUCCCGAAGUCCUUGGGUUAGCCAUCCAAAAACACCUCGAGAUUCAAAUAGAACAAUUCCAGACAGAGCCUGCUCAGCUGGCUAGGAAAAGUAACGAGGAGCGAUCUUCUGAUAAAAUGGGGAAAAAAAGGCCACUCAGAACAAUGAUGCAUUCCCUGAGAUAUCCCAGCUGCUGUGCUUGUUCCAGUACUGCGGUGGAGUGAGCACAGCUGCAGGAUCUAGGACAGCUGUCCUGCUUUUAAAUUGUAAAUAAGUGCUGACUCUUAAGUGCUAACGGAGUAUGUGUGGACGAUCCACUUCAGGUUAAGUGGGAAAAGUUCCGUGCCCCUCAAAUACACAUCAAAGCAAGGAAAAAUCCGUGCUUGGGGCAUAAAAUAGAGAACAUAACUAUGUACCUACAUUAUGCCACCUAAAUGCUCUUGACUGUAUUUAACGUAGCACUGUUUUAUUCUUCUAUUUUAGUUUUGUAUCAUAUUGUAAGGAAUAAGAUUUCUUUUCUAAAUGACCCAUCUUUUAUAAAUAAUGACUCUUUUCUGUAAUUUAAUAAUUUAGUAUUUAAUUUAAUAACUUUAAUCAGAGUUCUUAGCUUUCAAUCCUACUCCCUUCAGUUGUUUUGGGAGCUAGUUUGCUGUUCAUUUACAAUAAUUCUGGCUACAAGCCCACUUUAACGGCAGGCUAAAUGACAAAGUAGUGUAAUGCUACAUGACAAAGAAUUGUAACUUUUGAGACAUAACUCUGUGAAGUAAUUUCGGUCUUGCUAGUCUGAGCUCUUCCCUUUGAAAGCUGAUCUACGGUUGGAGGAUGCUCCUGCAACUCUCAAAUUAGUUUGUAGCUGUGAGGAGUUACACUCUCGAUAUCCAGAACUGAUGUUUACCAAGCGAUUGACACAAAUGUACAGUAUUACCAAAGAUGACUCAUGUAAUGUGAAUUACUUAUGGAAUACUUGUUUUAGAGACAUGAACAAAAGCUGUUCAAAUUAGUCUGUCACACUGUCGUACUCUACAAAGCAGAAGCAGUUUUGUUUUGCUUUAUAUUAAAAGUAAUUUCCAGUGACUUUAUUUAUGUGCUUCUAUCCUCAGUAGCAGUUAUUUUGUUGUUGCAUAAACCACGGGCGACACUUCGGAUGUGACCUUCGCUUGUCCUGUGUUCCCUGUCUGGGCUGACCUCAGCCUCCUGCG